GACACUGCGCUCUGGGCCGGCGAGGUCCUUGGCGGCCGGGGCCGUGCCCUGGGCCGAGUAGCAGAGCCAGUGCCCAACCGCUAUGACAGCUCUCUGACCCCGAAGAUAGACGUUGUGGACUGCACUUCCAUGGAUGCCAACGUCAAUGGCAUUCGCCACAGUUAUUUCGACCUUAAUGCUUACCUUGUUGGCGACCUGCACGAGCUGGUCUCCAGGGGCACUCCAGCGUCGCGUCGUAGCCGUCUGGUUCGAACAUCUGUGAACUCUCGGAGCAAUGUCUUCUCCUUCUUGGCGCCUCCAGUUUUUGUAAACUGGUGA